AUGAACCUUAAAAUCACAAAUAAUUAACAAUCCUCUAUAAAUGAUUCACUAAUAAUUACCAAUUUAGAUUAAACACACCUUUUUAGAGAUGAUACAUUUAAUAAAAUUGAAUGUGAUUAAUAAAUAACUUUGAAAGAUGCAGUUUAGAUUUCAUAGAUAUUGAAAGAUCGUAAAAUAUUAAAUAUAUCAUAAAGAGGGAGUUUUAAUUUAUGAAGGCGAAAUGAAUGAAUAGAUUGUAAUAUAUCUUUAGGCUAGUGGAUUAUAUAAUUAAGGUGAAGGGAAAUUUAUAAAGCAAGUAUUAUAAAUUAAGAAGAUGAAUAUUCCAGUAUAAGAAUUCAAUAAUUGUUAUGGGAAAUAUGAUUACAUAGAAUAGAAAUUUUUAAAUCAAAUUAAUUUAUUUAAAUAAGUAGAUAUAAAUUAGAAAUAAGAAAUAAUUGAUGAAAAUGAGUUAUUAGAUGAUGGUGUUUAAGUAAAAUAGGUAGAAAGUUGUGCAACUAAACCUAGAGCAUGUGCUAAUUGCACUUGUGGAAGAAAAGAAAUGGAGUAAGAAUAAAUAUGAUAAUAAUUUUUUAGAGAGAAAUAAGAUUAAGAAGAGUUAUUAGAAUAAUUAAAAAAUAAUUCUAUAAAAGGUUGUGGUAAUUGUUAUUUAGGGGAUGCUUUUCGUUGUGCAAACUGUCCUUACAGAGGUAUAUAGAAUAAAAUUUAUCAUAAGGAUUACCUGCAUUCAAGGAUGGAGAAUAAGUGAAAGUCUUAUAAGAAGAUGUGUUUUUAUAAGAAGAAAAUGAAGAAUAAGAUUAAAUUAAAUUGGAGAAUGGAAAAGUCAAAUUAAAGAUUUGA